AUGGACUUGGCGAAUCGAGAGGAAAUAUGGAUUGUUGGAUUUUCGUCGCAACUCAAAGUAAUCUUUGAGCGAAUGAAGAUUUUUUUGAUUCUAUUGAUCGAUAUGCUGCUUAUUCGUUUAUUUUGUUCGUGCUGGGGGGUUCGACGCGACAUUUGUCGGAAUCCGGCAAACGUAACUGUCUGAAUCAGAUAGUUUAUGUCGUCGUUGACCUAAAAUCGUCAAUUUAUUCGUAUUUUUGCAGUCCGACAACUCCAUAUCAACAAAACUGGCAAUAUUGAGACAUCCGAUUGAAAUAUUAUGGAUUGGAAUGACAAUGGAUGGGGUUUUGCGAGAUGAAAAUCGAAAAAAUCGAGAAUUCGAUAUCAGGAUUUUGUGGAAAAUGGAGAAUCGGAAGAAAUGUAGUCUGGAAGUGGAGCAGAAGGUCGAUUGGUGGAAUCGAGAUGAUUUGGAUGCCAGAGGAAGCUCCAAAACCUGUUCGCAUGGAGGAUAUGUUGUCUGA